UUUCAUGCACCACCUUAUCUCUCCAUAACAACUCCUUAUUUCCCCUUUGAUCCUCACGACUGAAUAGUAUCAUGAUCAACAGCUGCAGUCUUUUGAUUGCUUUUAGGAUAGACGACGACGACAUUCAAUGAAAAGUUGAGCGUGGAGCUGAUGUGAACCAUGAAUUUCUUAUCAUCUCUGUCUGACUCUCUUCUUUGAUAUCAGUGGAUCCUAUGUAAGAUCUCAACUGCAAGUCUAACUUCUGCACAACGCUUCGUCUCUGUCACACACAAGAAGCAAAAAAAUGGUGCUUUCAAAUGGUGAUGGUGCCCCAGCCAAAGAUGAACACUUUUAUGACCGAAAACGAGAACUGCAAGUUUUUGAUGACUCAAAAGCAGGGGUCAAGGGUCUAGUAGAUGCAGGGAUAACGGAGCUUCCUCGCAUAUUCAGAUGCGAGCAAUCCUGCCUCGAUGAGGACUCGGGUAGCACUCCCCAGUUCAGUAUUCCAAUCAUAGACCUCAAAAGCAUUCAUGAAGUUACGAGCUCACGAAACGAAAUCAUUGAAAAAAUUCACCAGGCAUGCAACAAUUGGGGUUUCUUUCAGUUGGUCAAUCAUGGAAUUCCUACUAGUCUUUUGGACGAGAUGAUCGAUGGAAUCCGUAGAUUCCAUGAGCAGGAUAUUGGGUUAAAGAAAGAAUUCCAUACCCGCGAUUUCUCAAGGAAGGUUACGUUUUUGAGCAAUUUUGAUCUGUACCAAACAGCAGCGGCUAAUUGGAGAGACACUUUUAGUUGUUUUCUUGCUCCCCAUCCACCGGACCCAGAAGAAUUGCCUGAUGUAUGCAGGGACGUAGUCAUCGAGUACAAGGAGCAUGUGACUAAACUGGGAAUUACUCUGUUUGAAUUACUAUCUGAGGCUCUGGGACUUAAUCCUAGUCAUUUAAAGGAUAUGGAUGGUGCUGAGCAACUUCUUCUUGUGGGUCACUACUAUCCGGCCUGUCCUGCACCAAAAUCAACCAUGGGCACCACCCAACACACUGACGGUGCAGUAAUCACAAUACUUUUGCAGGAUCAAAUAGGGGGCCUUCAAAUUUUUCAUGAGAAUCAAUGGGUUGAUGUUCAGCCCAUGCGUGGAGCUCUGGUAGUCAACAUUGGGGAUCUUCUUCAGCUGAUCAGCAACGACAGGUUCAUUAGUGCCACUCACAGAGUUCUGGCGAACAGUGUAGGUCCAAGAAUUUCAGUGGCAACUUUCUUUGGGCCUCCGACUUCAAUCGACAAUACCCCAAUAAUUUAUGGGCCAAUCAAGGAGUUGUUAUCAAAAGAAAAUCCACCAAUUUACAAAGAAAUCGCGGUAGAAGAAUUCUACAAGCUCCGCUUGUCAAAAGGGCUUGACGGAACCCCUUCUUUACAACACUUUAGAGUGUGAUGUUGGCCAUGAAGAUGCUUUCCAAGGCUCUAAAGAGAUAUAUGCACAUCUGAAGCGAAUCAAUUAAGAAACAGAGACCACGUGAAGGGCAAUGCUAAUAUGGUAUCUAUCUUAAUUAAGUAUUCUGGCAACAUUAUUAAAGCAAGUAUUAUAUUCUACUCUAACUUAUAUGAUUAUUCAUGUGAUCUUCAUAGCAAUUAGAAUUGUUACGCCGUGAUUAAAUUACGAUUGGUGGCUUGUGUUGUGUGUUUAUGUGCUUCCCAGUUUUUAAUUAUUUCUACACCAUUUUAUACGCAAGAGGGGAAAGGGGAAGGGGUUGACAUUGGGCAGAAACUUAUAUGAGAAACUUAAUCCAAUUGGAGUGGAGUGCAUAGGACACAUCGCUCAUGUAGCUGCUGAUGUGUGAAAAAAUCAAUGAUUGAUGAUUUAUCUCAUCAAUCCAAAUCGGCAGCGUCAUUGAGGCAACAUAAAUCACACAAAAAACCUAAAACCUUCAUAGGUUCACCAUCGCCCCUCUCUACUGGUGUUCUCUCCUCCACCGGCAUGCCUCCUGCAACCGUGUUUCACCUCCACCGGCCUGGUAUGGCUUGCCGUUUCUCUAAUCCACCGAUGCAAGCGAAGGCUGAUCCAAGUGAUAUGCGUUGCACUUCUACUCGUAGUUGAGUUCGAGUUGUGAUUUUGUUUCUGCAGUUUUCAAAUUUUAUGCGAACCUAGGUAUGAAGCACGUAGACUUCUAGAAUCGCCACUAUCAACUUUGCUCGCGACGGAAAGGGGGCUGCGCGGCAUGGAUGGAAGACAGAGAAAUGGCUUGUUAAAGGAACAACGUACCACUUGAGCCAACUCGAAUGUCAAGCUUGAUCAAAUUUAAUUUAAUUAGUUGUCCAGGAAAAGAUAGGGAAUGAAUUCCUAGACAUUUUAAUUUCCUCAUCUCUGAGGGUAAAAACUCAGAGGCACAUCAUUGAAAAAAACACCUACUUUAGAAUGUAAAUAGUAUGAAGUGGAUGAGGCUUAUCUUUUAUGUCAUGUCCCAUGUUUUGAAUUUGUC